AUGGCCUGGCCUGGUAUCAUCAGUCAUAUCAAAAGAAAAGUAUGUCGACACACCAGUGUCAGAUAUACGCUCCUAUGUGUGCCCUUGCUAUGGAUGCUGUUUAUCUGCUGGGCAAUGUACUAUACUCAAUCUAUAGAGACAUUUCAGUCAAAAAGAGACCUCCGUGAUACGUUUACACAUCAGAAGCAGAUGUUAGUACCUCCAGACAUCGAGUCGACCAGCCAAGUGGCGUUAACGAAUGUUAUAUUUGCAAAGAAACAAAACAUCAAGCAUGGUAUGGUUUCUACGUUAAAAGAACCAAUACUGGAGCAUUUUGAGACUGGUGAUCAUCAAAAGCAAAUUUCCUAUCAUAUUAAUUCUUCUAAACAUGUGGCAGUUAUCAAUAGGACUAUUAGUCUACAGACAGAACAUCCGAAGGAUACGGGUGUCUUUGAGAAUCAACAAAGAGUUCCAGCCCCUCAGUAUGGGAAAGCAGUAAAAGUAGAUCGAGACAGCCUCCCUCCAGAGGAACUUAAAAAGUUUAAUGAUGGGUGGGACAACUUCAAGUUUAAUGAAUUCGUUAGUAAGCUGAUCUCCACCCAGAGGCAGACACCAGAUUACAGACCGGAUGAGUGCAAAUUUCCAUACGACAUUUCGUUUCUGCCGAAAGCAAGUAUUAUUAUAUGUUUCUACAAUGAGGCCUGGUCCGUCCUGUUGAGAACAAUUCACAGCGUGCUAGCCAUGACGCAGUCAGAACUGCUGGAGGAGAUCAUUCUAGUGGACGAUUACUCAGAUAUAGUAAUGAUGCAUGAACCACUGGAAUAUUAUGUGGCCCAGGUGGACAAACUGAGACUUCUGCGCAUGACCAAGCGUUCUGGAUUAGUGCGGGCAAGAUUGGCAGGUAUCAGGGCGGCCAAAGCUCCCGUCCUUGUUUUCUUGGAUUCCCAUGUCGAGUGUGAAAAGGACUGGUUGCCCCCUCUUCUACAAGUGAUUGUGAAGCAUCCUAACUACGCGGUGACACCAGAGAUCGAUGUUAUAGACUUCAAGGACUUCUCCAUACAUUCUGCAGCAAACAAUAUAGGUAUCUUCACUUUUGAAGGUUUUACAUUUGACUGGACCAGCGUCUUACCUCGGAUUAAAAAGAUGAUAAAAUCUCCUGCAGAUCCUUUUUUAUCUCCUACAAUGGCCGGUGGGCUAUUUGCAAUAAGAAAAGAUUACUUUCUUUCUAUCGGAACCUACGAUAAUGGACUAGAGCUGUGGGGAGCAGAAAACAUCGAGCUGUCAUUAAAGCUAUGGAUGUGUGGAGGCGGCAUCUUAAUUCACCCAUGCUCUAAAGUGGCGCAUGUAUUUCGCGAUGAUUCCCCUUACUUUGUCGGCAAGAAUACUGAAGUGCUUUUCAAAAACACAGCCAGGGUAGUCCAGGUUUGGGCGGAUGAAUACAGAGAGUUAUAUUUUCGAGGCAAACCUUACAACGAGGCAAAAUAUGGAAGCGUGCUAGAACAGCAGAAAUUGCGCGAGAAGCUUCAGUGCCACAGUUUCUCCUGGUAUUUGGAUAAUAUUUAUCCGGAGAU